AUGGACGAAGAGAUGAUGGACGAUCUCUUCGGCGAUGGUGGCGGUCUGUCAAUUCCUUCUCGACCACCUUCGAAGGAACUCUACCAACGACUUGACGAUUUAAGACGAGGUGGAUGCUGCCAGGGCAUCGCAUGGUCAAAUUGGGGAUGUAUAGCAACGAUUGCUUCCUCUGGAGCUAUCUUAGAGCUCAGAAAUCUUCGUUGUCACCCGGAGGAUGCAAAUCUGGAUGGCGGCCCUCUAAAACAUUUGUGCUGGAGCACAAGUGGUUCUGAGUUGGCAGUCAUCGAUACAGCUGGAAGAGUAAAUAUACUAUCUUUGUUUUCGUCUUUAAAUAAGCCUACACUACAUAGGCAUUGUCAAAUGGAUCCGAUAGAUGAGCUAUGUGGUAUCGUUGGCUGUCACUGGCUCACACCUGCGCCGUAUCAGGCAAACCGCCCGGCACAGUUAAAUGGUCCGGCCGUGAAAGAGGGUUCCUCAUACAAAUAUGAGACCUCGGCAGCACCUGUGUAUGGACCCUUUCAUCCUGUUUUGGGGAAAUCCGCGCUCGUGUGCGUAACUACAAAUGGCACCCUAAGAAUCAUUUAUCCUCAGGUCAAUGGGAAGUACGCGGAAGUACACACAGAGCUCGAGAGUAUUGUAUCGUCUGAUGAUCUUAUAACGCACGCUGCGAUUGGAAGCGAUAGAAACCAGACUUUACUGAUUGCUUUUGCCACCACUUCCAAGCAACUAAGAGUGGUAAGGGCUGUGAUAGAUUGGGGUCAACAAAAACCAACAGAAAGGGGCGCUCAGCCUGUACCACAGCAACCCUUAAACCCUUCGAUCAGAACCCGACAUGUCGCAGUAACGAGCUGGCUGCAUGACAGUCCUUCUGACAACAUAAAUUCUUUGAAUACAGAGUCGUCAAUGAUGCAGUUGUCUCAUCUUGAGUUCUUACCAUCAAGCUUAGAACCUGGGGGAAGAUUAACUCCUCCCACAAUCGUCGCAGUUCGCUCUCAUCUACCGCCAUCUAUGGCGCAUUAUAACCAGGAAGUACAUACCGUUGUGGACAGAUGGGAAAUCCGCGAAAAGAUGCAAACCGUUCACCCAGCCUUUGAGCAACUAAGUUCAAGAAGGAACAGUAUUGGAUCGCCCCCACAGGCCAUGUCUUUUCUGAAAAAGUUAGAUAGCUUUACGGUAAACAAGAUUUUACUUGCGAUACAACCAAUCAAUCUCGGCCGAGUCUUGUUCUUUAUGUAUAGUGAUAGCUCUGUAGAAUAUCGAGACCGAACAACUAUGGCAGAGACUUUUACAGAUAAUGAUCUGGACAGAGUUUGGCAUCUUUCGCAGAUUGGUUUCACGUAUCCUGAAGAUGAGCCAUGCUUACAGGUGGCGUUAUCUCCCAGCUAUUGUUCAAUGGUUCAAAUCCGCAAUGAUGGCAAGGUUAAAUGGAAGCAGCUGGAUUAUGCUAUAGGGGACAUUGGCUCAGAUAACAGUGAUCCUCAAUAUGCAGCCGUAGUGGCAGCUCUUGCCUUGUCUUGUUCGAGUGCCGUGAUGAGAAACGUGGCUUACGAUGACCUGCUUCCGAUCGCCGCAAAAUACUCUAACACGAAUCUCACUUUCGACUGGCUUGUUGAAUUAUCUUCAGUUCUGAAGGUGCCUCUUGAUUACUCCGAGGAACAGCAUGCCGAUCUGCUCAUCCGAAAUUCAACUAUUCAAUUAUUUCACAGCAUUCAGAGCUCUCUUGGGUUCCGUGGCGAAUUCGAACCACGAUCAUUCCCUGGUAAGCUAUCUUGGCUUGUUCUACAACUUAGAAAUAUCGUAGUCCUCGUUACGAUGGCUGCCAACCUUGGCGUUCGAGGAGAUGGACCAAAUCCUAAUGAGAAAACCUCCCCACUGGAUGAUCCAGAAGUAAUUAAUGCUCUAGCAGGCUCUGUACGGUGGACUUUAGAUCUUAUGGCCUGGCUUACAGACACUUUACUCACGCUAUCUUCAACUCUUCCUCCAGGAAUGGAUCUUACCAAUGUCAAAGGGUUCUCUCUCCCAGAGUUGCAUGCUCAUUUGGUUAAGACUAAUACAGUGGCCUUACACCUCCUGCUUUCUUCAUCUACCCGUGGUUUUCUAACGGCUAUCUGCCGCCGUCUAUCACAUCUCGACUGGAUUGCACGACGAGCAAUCACACCAUCUGCCGGCAAUACAGGCUCCGGAACACCAAACACCCAAGGCAGCAACCCAGACAAACAACCCUCCCCAGCCCUCCGCAAUGCCUACCUCCACAUCGCCACCAUAACAACCAACACCAUCCUCCGCAUCAAAACAAUCGACACGCUCCUCUCGGCUCUCACCACCUCCAUCAAAGACGUCUACAGCACCAUCCUACCCAAAAGCCAAACCAGCGACAAAUCCACCGACAAAGCCAACGAAAAAGCCCGCAACGCCUACGAAAUCAAAAUCGCCUUCGGCGGGCCCUUCCCCGAAGCCUUCAAACCCAUCAUCGUCGAGCUCUUCAGGGCCGACGGUCUCCUGGCCGCCGUCCGGGAAGACAUCGAGCCCGCGAAACUCUUCUUCGCAGAUUUCUCCCUCCUGGAAGUUAAUGAGGAUAAGGCUAGUCUUGCGAAACGAAAAGCCUCGGGCAUGACGAUGGAUUGUUUCCGCAAGACGUGGCUGCCGAAUCCGAAGAAGGGGAUGGAUUUGGUGGAGGGGAAACAGGUUCCACGUUGGAGACGCUGUGCUAGGUGUGCGGCGGUCAUGGUGGAUGUUUUGACGGAGAGGAGGGCGUUGCAGUGGUUGAUUAUGCAGCAGAGACGGUGUUUUUGUAGUGGGUAUUGGAAUACGGUUGCUGCGGGGGAGACCGUUGCUUGA